AGUUUGAUGCCAUCCAUCCGCUCCGCGCCAAUGGCGCCAUUUCUUGCCGUUGCUGGCCGUUGCCGCCAAAUUGCCGCCGCUUGAUAUCCGUGUGGAAGUGGAGAAUAUUGGAGAAUCGUAUGAUAAAAUCGAUUGUGGGAUGUUAUAAGGUCUUGGAUAAAAUGGAAGAUAUGCAUGGUGCUCGCCCUGGCUUCGGAGGGUCUGACUUUGGUAACCCAACUGGAGCGGGAUUUUGGAGAGGACCGUGGCCUGACCCCCCUGGUGACCCGCCCGGACCCCCAUGGCGCGGGCCGCCGCCGCCCCGAUUCCGUGGCCGCGGCGGUCCGCCCGGCCCGCCAUGGAACGGUCCGCCGGGCCCGCGCGGUCCGUGGCGGGGCCCGCCUCCGCCACCGUUCUUCCGCGGUCCGCGCCCGCCGUUCCGGGGUCCGCCGCCGUUCGACCCUAACUGGGACCCGCACCCGGGCAUGAUGGGUCCCGGUGGGCCGAUGGAGCCGUACCCGCCGGGCCCGCCGGGUAUGGGCGGCCGGGGCAUGGGCCCGCCGCCGGGGCAUUGGAGCGACCCGAUGGGCCCUCCGUCCGGGCCGCCGCCGUUCUCGGGCCCGCGGCCGAGACACCACUCUGCGCCGCCGCCCCAGACCGCAGACUUGGAGGCCGCCGCCGCCGUAGCUGCCGGCGAGAUCAACCCCACCGAGCUGCUCGAGGUGGAGUCUGAGCUGAUCGAGGUGAAGUCUGAGCCGCUCGAGGUGAAGUCUGAGCCGCUUGAGGUGACGCCUGAGCUGAUCGAGGUGAAGUCUGAGCCGCUCGAGGUGAAGUCUGAGCCGCUUGAGGUGACGCCUGAGCCGCUCGAGGUGAAGUCUGAGCCGCUUGAGGUGAAUUCUGAGCCGCUCGAGGUGACGCCUGAGCCGGUCGAGGUGAAGUCUGAGCCGCUCGAGGUGGAGGAGGUGGAGGAACCGGCGCCGGCCAAACAGGAGGACGAGAGCCGUCCGGUCAGCUCCACGCCCGUGCCCGGCUCGCCCUGGUGCGUGGUGUGGACCGGGGACGGCCGGGUGUUCUUCUACAACCCGUCGACGCGCACAUCCGUCUGGGAGCGUCCCGAGGAACUGAACGGCCGCACUGACGUCGACAAGAUGCUGCAGCCGCCCAAACAGGAACCCGCGGAGAGCAAGGACGACGAGCCGCCCGCCAAAAAGGCCAAGGUCGAAGAGACCAAAAAAGAAGUGAAGGAGGAGGCGCCCGAGGAGAUCGAUCUCGGGAAGGAAGCGGCCAUUGAGGCGAGAUCCGAGAUCCCCAUGAAGCAGUCCAGGGACAAGCUCAACGAAAAGGAGUUCAACAUGGCACCUGCUGUCAGCAAGAGCAAGAGGAAGAGGAUCCAGGCAAGGCGGAGGGCAGUGGGGAGAGUGGUGACGGUUAAAGUUUUGAUGGUUGGGGAUGAAAAGUUUAGUGAUUCUAGGGUUGGGCCUCACCUCGAUGUCAUCAACAGAAAAAUUCGUCGUACAUCCCUUAAGACCGAGUUCAUCAACUUCGAGCACACACCUCCCGUUCUGUCCUAUUAUGGAGAAUCCUGCACGAACGCACUUGUAACUGCAGAUAUCCUGGGGAGGGUGGGGUUGCUGUGUGGCAAGGAUAGGACUCAACUCUUUUUGCUCUUCUUUUCGAUGGGCGGGAACGGAGUGUUCAGUCGAACAGGGCGUAAGUCCGACGAAGAGACACAGGCGGAGCUGGAUGCCCACGAAAAUCUUUUGCGGGAGCUCCUUGCCCAAAAUUCCAAUCUGUGUGCGCUUGUGUUUGGUGUUUUUCCUCGUCCGGCUCUCCGCGAGCAUUUCAGCUUCCUGAGAAGGGUUAAUUACUGCAUGCGGAGAAGGGUGGAGGCGGUUGCAAAAGCGUCCGGGGGAAGGGUGACCUUUGAGGAAGUUGGGCGAACCCUGCGGUCAAACCCCGACCUUUUCUCUUCAGAUGGGGUCCAUUUGACGUCGCCGGGAACACGGACCAUCCUGGCCCGCAUGGCGCAAUACUUCGUUUCUAUCGCGUCCCUUAGGUUCGCCCCGCGAAGUGUGCACUGCGUGACACAGGGCGAGAAUGAGGAGAGUCAGUGAGUGCGAGAGCUCGAGUGGGUGUAGGAAGGCAAAAAAGCCACUGAGCAGGUGAUACCUACCGACUCGGUCCGCUGAGCCGGCGGGGCUCCUAUCUAAGUAAGCUCCUAUUGUGUGAGCAGCACGGUGACCUGGCCAGUGUAAAGUUUAGCGGUGCGGUGGCGCGAAUGUAAUGUGUGCAGAUGUGACGUAUGUUAUGUUUGUAUGUUGUGCUUGUGUGUUAUGUUUUGCCCGCCUUACUCGUUUCACCUGACUCGGCAGCCAAUAAUAGCCAUUUUCGGAUGGAUCGGCUUGCAACGAGUAGUACAAAUCAAUACACUGCAAUAUAUUGCAACCAAUGUAACUUUUAAGGGGGAAAGGGGAGGUUUCCCCCAUCAAAAAUUUCUUCGGAUGCUGAAUCGGAGGAAGGCGAAAAACCCACAGCAUUGAGCAGCUGGUGACCCCUGCCAACGCGAGUCGGUCCGCUGAGUUGGCGGAGUGAAGCCUUGGCUUUCUGUCGUGGGAAAACCAACAGCACUCAUCAGGUGAUCCCUGCCGACGCGAGUCGGUCCGCUGAGUUGGCGGGGUGAAGCCUUGGCUUUCUGUCGCGGACUAAACUAAACUGAUGUAAAACCGACCAUGCCACAUGAGUCCUGACUCUGACCAUAAGGCCAUGUGGUAUAAUAUAUUACUCUUCACGCA